AUGGUGCUAAUCUCUGCGAGCAUAGUGUCCAAGUCUGGAAAAGCGCUUGUCACACGAGUUUUCGUAUCGGAUAUGACUCGUGCACGUAUGGAGGGACUUCUCGAUGCUUUUCCAAAACUUAUAGGGAACGAUAAGGAUUCAGAUUCUACCAAGUCAGUACAACGACAGCAUACUUUCAUCGAAACUGACAGUGUACGGUAUGUCUAUCAUCCCCUGGAUAGCGUGUACAUGGUUCUGAUCACUACCAAAACGUCGAACAUUCUCGAAGAUCUUGAGACACUUAGAUUGUUCUCGCGUGUGAUCCCCGAAUAUUGUCGCUCCAAUGACGAGAAAGAAAUCCUCGCUCACGAUUUUGAUUUGAUCUUCGCGUUUGAUGAAGUCGUCACCCUAGGAUACAGGGAAAGUGUCAACUUAGCUCAGAUUCGUACUUUUACUGAAAUGGACUCUCAUGAAGAGCGCGUUUUUCUACAGAUCAAAGAGGCCCAAGAACGAGCUGCGAAACAAGCUAUGGCUGAAAAGGCAAAGGAAUUCAAACGUUUGCAGAAGGAGGCUCUUAGCAAAGGACUCAAACCAUCAAGUGCUGGCUUCGGAGCUUCUGCUACGGGGAUUUCGUCUGCAUCAACACCUCUCACCGCUGUGCAAGAACCCGCUGCUCCUAGACCAGCAACCACUGCACCGAGAGCUGGUGGAGGAAAGGCUCUCAAGCUUGGGGCUAAAACAAAGGACGAGGAUGUCUUUCUGCAGCAACUUCGUCAGGAAGGACAGACCAUUGCACCUGUCGAGAAAGCUUCACGUGAUGGUGCUGGUGUGUCUACAAUGGCAGCCGCUCCGUUAUCAAAUGUAAAGAGAGAAGUUGUCCAUGUUCGUACGGAAGAAAAGAUGAUAGCAACAGUAAGUCGUGACGGAGGACUUCAAGGAGCAGAGAUUCUUGGUGUCGUUAGCUUGUCGGUAUCUGCACCAGAAUAUAACACAGUCGCUAUACAGAUGCACAACAAAGCACCCACAGGUGCGCAGUUGCAGGUCCAUCCAAAUCUUGACAAGAAAGAAUGGCACACAUCAUCUAUGCUAAAGCUAAAGUCCGCUGGUAAACCAUUCCCUGUGAACAACGAUGUAGGUGUGCUGAAAUGGAAACUGGUACUUACCGAAGAGGAACAGCUCCCUAUUACACUGAACUGUUGGCCACAGGAAUCAGCUGAUGGUUGUCAAGUGAAUAUCGAAUACACGUUGCAAAGAGAAGACUUAUCGCUGGAAAAUGUUGUAAUCACUGUUCCAUUACCACCCGCCACUGUUCCUGUUGUAUCCGAAUGCGAAGGAUCGUAUGACUACCAAAAAGCUCGAAACCAAAUUGUAUGGACGAUGCCGGUGAUUGACAGCACAAAUUCUACUGGAACGUUGGAAUUCUCUGUGCCGAACGGACAUUCCGAUCACUUUUUCCCUGUGCAAGUUCGCUUCCAUACCGAGAAACUGUACUGUGACAUCGGGGUUGAUGUGGCACAGUCCAUGGACGGAAACUCAGUGGUGCCAUUCUCCACCGAAACCCGUUUCCUUUCAGAAAAGUACGAGGUUGUUUAA